CAUUGUUUCCUAUUGUUGACAGUUCUCAACAUAACAAAACAAACUACUUUUUAUAAUCCAACAUAUAAUUAUUAAACUUGUAUUUUGCACUUUUAAAAUAAAAUUACAAAAGCUGAAAUGUUAAUUGGAGUUCAAGUUUUACGAAAAUUCGAAAUGAUUGUUAAUCCAUUGGAUCAGUGAUGAUGUUUUUGGUUUUAAUUUUUGUAACCUAAAAGUUUUGUUUACAUUUUGGUCAUUAUUUUGUUAGGUUUGGUCAUUUUUUGUUAGUUUAUGUCUUCAAGAGAUCCAAGAAGUUGAAAAUCUCUUUAUUAGGAAAAAAAUAUGGUUGAGGAAGUUGUGAAUACAAAUAAUAAUAAGCCGAAGGUGAAAACAGCGAGACCUCGUCCUGUUUAUUUAUGGAAUGUUUUGGAUGUACAAAAAUGGUUAAGGCGUCAUUGCAGCGAUUAUUAUCAAUUGUAUCAUGAAAAUUUUUUAUACCAUGACAUUACCGGAAGAGCUCUUUUAAGAAUAAACGAGAAUAUUUUACUUCGUUUGGGAAUCAAUAACCAGCAGCAUAGAAUGGAUAUUUGGAGGGAAAUUAUGAAAUUACAUCUAAAAACAGAUAUUCUUGAAAUUCGGGAUAUCGAACGUCGUAAUAAUAUGCAGUACGAUUAAUGUCGUAUACAUUUUAUUUAACAAAUACUAUUUGUUAGACAAGUGAUAAAAUAAUUAUUAUAUAACUGCCUGUAUAAAUAAAUUUUAUAUCACCAUUCAA